AUGCAGAUAAACCAAAUGGAGAUUUCUACUACAGCUAUUGAGUUCACAACCAUGGCUCCGAUAAUUAAUUUUAGCAAUUUAACUGACAUGGAACUUUCUCAGAUGUUGAAAGAUUAUGGUGUCAUUGUUGGACCUAUCAAUGUGGCUACCAGAAAAACAUAUGAACGAAAAUUAUUGAAAUUAAAGACUGGACAAGAGUCGCCUUCCUCUCAAAGAUACACACCUGUUGAUGAUGAUGAGGAUGAUGAUGACAAUGAAGUUGAGAUUAGGCAACCAAUAAAACACAGUCCUGUUAAAAUGGACUACUCUCAAGCAAGACAGAGAAGAGAGAUUUCAGAAACAUACUCAUCAUCAUCAUCAUCACGUGUUGAGAGUCGUCCUUCCUUGUCAACAUCAGCCAGGACAACAACAUCCUAUGUGCCUGCAGCCAGUGAGCAACAGGAACACUAUCAUGAGAAGAGAAGAGAAAAUGUCUCAAGUGUGAGUGGAAUUCCAUUAUGGGUGAAAAUUGUGUUCAUUGCAGUCAUUCUGGUUCUUGUUUUUCUCCUCUACACCAACAUGGAGUCUGCAGCCAAAAGUGAAAUUCCCAGUAUUGCCAACACUGUGGAAGUUUAAACAUGAACUUUUGGGCAGAACAAUUAUUAACCAUAGUAUCAUUUGUUGCUGUAUAGAAUGAUGUUUUUUGAAUUUUGUAAAAUAAAAGCUUGUCUCCUUUUCAAGCUUAAUUCUGUAAACCAUUAGGGAUUUUCCUAGAAGUAAUACGAAUGUUUUUAAUACUUUUCUGAAUAUAUUUUGGUUAAAAGAUCAAAAUGUUUGAAACAAUACGAAAGAUACACUAUUGAAGAAAUUCAUUUGCCUUUUUAAUAUCUUAAUCUCACAUGCUUUUUUUUUCGUGGCCAUUAAUGGAGACAGAUUAACAAAUAUUUAUUUAGUUUUCCAUAGAAAUGUCAAUAUGUAAUUUUCAGAGAUCUGAUUUCUUGUUAUUAUCAGUAAACAAAGUUUAUCAUCUUUUCUUUCCAAGUUAAGGAUUUCCAUUGCAUUGUAUCUCAUUUUUGUGCUGCUUUUAAAGUAAAUAUUUUUGUUGAAAUGAAUUGAUCUUCAAAAAAUAUUUAUUAAAGUUGUUCAUGAUAUUGAAAUCUCUGUUGCAUGUUUUUAAAAGCACUUGUACUUCUGUUUUUUUUAUAUUUAGAUUCAAUUUGUUAAAGCAUUGAUUUUGUUAGUCACAGCUUAUUUAUAACUAAAAACACUACUUAUAGAAACUUUUAAAUUCAAUCCAAGAAUACAGUUUAAUUUCUGUUGGGAUUGAUCUCAUGACAAAGAUUCUUACUACAAUAAUUAUCAGAAAUAGAAUACAGGUUAAAUUAUACAGGUUUUUAUUAUUAAUUAUUUUUCAAUUAGUCCAAUAAUGAAAAAAGAUGGCUUUUUUUUUUUUUUUUUACCUCAAAAUGAUCCUCAUAACAUUCUAAAUUUUUUAUCUUUUGAAGACAAAAUAGAAAAAGAAAGCUUCAAUGGAUUCCCAGGCUAUAUGUCUAGAGAGUGAGGAAAAAGUUCUCUUAGCAGGAUGCUUUGUGUUUGGUUGCUAAUUUCUGCUUCAUUAAACUGUGUUUAUCAAAUGAUGUGACUGCUAGAUAUUUUGUGUUUCUAAUUUUCAAAUUUUAACUUGAGAGCUUCAAGUUGUUCAAAGUGCUGGACACACAAAGUUUCAUAGAUUCUUUUUGCUAGGAGAACUUAAAGCAUGUCUACUUUCUUGAAUGUCCUUACAAGAAACACAUUUUUUCCAUUUAAGCUAGUGAAAAUGAAAUUUGAGUACAAGAAAUGUUUUCUUAUUAAAAUCCUGUAAAUUAUCAUGAAGUGCUUUGUUGUGCUUACAUUUAAUUUGUUGGAAAAAAAUCCUCACAAAAUGUUUUCAUACAUUCACUUGCCAUAUUAAAUCUGAAACUGAA